AUGGCUUCAACUAUAUCACACACUAAAAACUCCAACAAGCAUACAGAUGAAAAAGAAAAUAUUUCAUCUGAGGCGGAAUCUCAAAUUGGUAGUACCAUUCCAAGUACUUCGAAAGAUAGUUUAGGUAUAACAAAAAAGAAACAUAAUAAGGCCGGCAGAAAACCAUUAGACGAUUCAAAUGUAAUAGAUAAAAGGAUUGCCCAAAAUAGGGCAGCACAAAGAGCUUUCCGUGAACGUAAGGAACGUAGAAUGAAGGAGUUAGAAAAGAGAGUUGAAGAGUUAGAACAAAUACGGGAACAAAGUGAGAUGGAAACUGACUUUUUAAGAAAGCAAGUUUCUACUUUAGUUGAUGCAUUGAAAAGGGCUAAUCCAGAACAGAAAUUACCUAAUGAGGACUUACUUUUGAAAUUCUUGGCAGAUGCUGAUUUUAGGAAGGUGAAGGAUGAUCGUGCUUUACCAUUUAAUAAAAAAAGUGGUAUGGAAGACAAUAUGUCAAAAUCUUCAAGCUCUUUUAAGGCUAGGGAAAGUUUACAGCAAAAAAUGCUUUCUACCUUUGAAUUCCCUUGGAAAUUUAAAGGUCAACAACAGCCUUCUCCAACAUCUUCAAACUCUCCUCUGCAUGCCAGUACAAAAACUGAUAGCACCAAAAAGUCUUUGAGUAAUAACACUCCAACUUCCCAUUCAUCUUCUUCCCAAUCUUCGUCCCUAGUGUUUGGUGAUGGUUCAGACAAUAAUGACAGUAGUAAUAAUUUAUCCAAGUUUAUACCCGGAACCAACAGCCGUAGUAACGCAGAUAGUAGCAAGAGCAGUUUAUCUUAUUUAAAUCCAGCCAUUGUAACCCCCGACAAUAACGCGCUCUUAAUUAGUAAUGACAUUGAUAUUGACGGUAUUAAUGAUAAUGGCUUUAACAUAUUGGGUGGCGGUGUUACUAAGGUCGGUAAUAUGGAUACUUUUUCCAGCAUUAACACAGAGGGUAUAAAUGGCUGUAAUUUUAAAGAUAAUUUUGAUGAGAAGGUCUCAACUUUCUGUCUGAAACUGAAUGAGGCUUGUGGCACUAAGACUGAGCCGAUACCCAAGGGACUAAUAUCAGAUAUACCAAAUGAAAGUAGCUCUAGAAGCAUUAACUCACCACCUUCACUGUCUUCAGAUUCCUUUACAAACAUGCCUUGUGAUUCUGAUAUCACUACUAUGAAUAAUAAUAAUAAUGAUAAUAAUGAUAAUAAUGAUAAUAAUAAUAAUAAUAAUAAUAAUACUAAUAAUGCUAAUAAUAAUACUAAUAAUAAUAAUAUAAUUGACUCUUUGGGACUUCUAAGCCAUAAUACUGACGGUUUAUCUUUAACAAACUCUUGGGAUCAACAAUCAUACUCACCGAAUACGAUAAUAAAUAAAAAUAAUGGGCUAAAUAGUCUCGCUACAACAGUAGCAACAACAGCAACAACUGCUACUACUAAUAACACCAAUGAUAUCAGUAGCAAUUAUUCCACGUUUGGGACUCCAUCAUUUGGUACACCAUCUUUAUUUUUCGAUAAUAAUGAUUUUCUCAAUGUUUCAAAUACUAACGCGAACGGAAAAAAUAUCGAUGGUCUAAAUAAGGACAGCAAAUAUAUUUCUCCGGAGAAAUAUACUUCUUUUACCGUUUCAAACAAUGUUCCCUUGAUUGAUUUUUCAGUGGCUUUCCCAGAAUUUUUAAAUGGUAGCGUUACCGGCGACGCUACAAACAACUCCAAUAAGGCUAAUAGUGCAAUCUCAACCACUAUACCACAGCAUGUUAUUGACUUUGAAAAGAUUAAAGUGAAUAGCAUUGAGGAGGAGGAGGACGAGGAGGAAGAUAACGAAAUCGAUGAGUAUGAUAUAGUUGAUAAGUUUAUUAACAUUGAACCACAACCCAAAGUUCCUACACCCAUUGCUACCAAUACCGUUGAUGCUAUUACGAAUGUUGCGUCCCCCGUGCUUUCGGAGUACGCCACAAAACUGACCGGAGAAAAGCAGCAAAAGACGUAUGACGGUAAAGCGCAGAACUGUAUGCAAGAAAUAGCUAACGAAGUUGUUCCAAAUACUGACAGUAAUUUGUUAAAAUGUUCUGAGGUAUGGGACCGUAUAACUACACACCCUAGGUACACGGAUAUUGAUAUUGACGGAUUAUGUAUCGAAUUAAGAAAUAAGGCCAAGUGUAGUGAUAAAGGAGUUGUUAUUAACAAGCAAGAUUUGAAUGCUGCUUUAGAAAGUUCUUUUCAAUAA